GACGGGCAAAAGGACUUCCUCACCUUGCGGGGAGACGAAAUCCUGCGCAGGAUCAGUGGACCAGUGACCUUGGUCUUCUUGGGCUUCAUCGGAAAGUGGCAUGCGGAGCUCAGACUCAGCAACAAGGACAGCUCCUUCUGUGGCUUAGACUCUAAGGUCCCCGUGGCCAUGGGCCGACCCGACGCGCCGAUGCAGGUCAUCGAAGAGGUGGUCUUCCAGCCGCACCGUGCGCCGCUGCUCCUGGCGGUGCAGGUGCCCUGUCACGCGCCCAUGAUGGAUGCGCACCCGGGAGACAUGGGCGAUGUAGCAGAUGUGGACGACUUCCAGGAUGGCACCUCAGAGUUCUCCCAGAGUGAGCUUGCAUCCAUGGUGCUGGACAUUGCUUCCUCUGGAAGCUGUGCUGCACAACGCCCGGGCACGGCUGGUACAGCGUCACAUGCUGGGGACAGUACCUCGGACGAGGGCAUUGCAGGCUUGGCAACGCCCCGCGCUGCCCAGGCACUGGCUGGUGUGUACGAGCUCCAAGGGAACGAGGCCAAGCGCUUGGUCGAACGCGUCCGAGAGGAGGCAGCCUCCAAGUCCGUCUUCAGUGCCUCAGAGCCCCGUCAGGGCCUCCGAAGCUCCAAGCCGGGCUCCAUCGACGGAGGGAGUUGGCAGAGGCUUGAUGAGGCAAAACGUCCGAAGGCGCUUGAGGGCCGCCCUCGAACUGGUAAGCCUGGCAUGUGUGGCGCAGAAGAUCUGUUUGGCUCGCGCUGUGAGCGCGGUGUCCAGCUCUGAAAAGCCGCAUGUAUGCGCCGGCCGCUGCUCAUAGAAUCCCCAAAGAGACGUC